UGUGAUAAAUAAUAAUAAAUAAUUAACUACACAACAAGAGAACUAUUAAUUAUUAAAAACGUUUCAAGUGAUACAAAAAAGAAGCGAAAAGAAAGGAAUCGAAAGUAAAAUUCGAGAGAGAAACAAAAACAAAAAUUCUAAUGAAAAUGGAAGUUCUCGCUGUGCAGUCAAACUACGGCGGAGUCCUUGGAUCCAACAAAGUUAGAGAUUGGACCAGCACAUUGACACCGCCUACGUCCGCCGCGUCGGCCAAGAAGGUCUCCGCCGUCGCCAACAAUAGCAGCAGCAACAGCGGCAGCAGCAGCAACGGCAGCAGCAGCCGCAGCCAGAACACACACAGUAUUAAGCACAAACAGCAGGCAAACACCAGCAGCAACAACGGCAGCAAGAAAACCAAGUCGAGCAGCCAUCCCAUCAACAGCACACCCUACAAUCCCUACAGCUAUGAGGACGAGCUGACUGCCUGCUGCGACGUCGACAUGGCUCUCGUAAGCGAGCUUUCGAACGGUCUGCUGGACAAGCUGCGCGAGGCGAAGGCGUGCCAUUUGACGUGCACCGAAGUGUCGCUACCCUGUGAUCUCACGCCCAAUAUUGCGGCGGACAUUAUUCGUGUUUCCGAGAAGGAACCGUGUGGCAUUCGCGGCUGCACCAUCUACGUUGAGUUCGAAGAUGAGCCACAGAACUCGCGGCGCAUUGCCUCCCUGAAAGUGGAUCCCGAAACGGUGUCCACAUUCGAGGUAUAUCUGACCCUGCGACAGGAUCAUCGUGGCUGGGCGGCACUGCUGCCCCAGUUCAUGAAGAGUCUGGCACGCACCAUCACCAUCAGUCCAGAGUAUACCAUCACCAAGCAUAAGCUCUACUCUGCUGAUGGCCUGGGCGCCAGACGCAGCUACAGCUUUGGCUCAAGCUCCCGGUCAAGCUCAAGCUCAAGCCAUAGCCAGGCCAUUGCAACGCCAACGAUAUAAUUCAGUUGAGCUAGAGAUUGCAAGCGAGCGAGAGAGACAGAGAUCAAGAGAGAGAGAAAGAGAGACGUAGACGGAGACGCAGUUAUAUUUAUAUAAACACAUAUAUAUAGAAGCGAGCCCAGCGAGUGCGACAAAGAAGCGCGCCCAACACCGCCCAACACCCCCUGUGAUGUCGAGAGCAGUAGUUAGUUGCGAGCGCAACGCGACGACGAAGCAAGUAUUCGAAGCCACCCCACCUACACACAUACACAAAUACACACACACACGAAACGCAUACACAUUAGUAUACGACACACUCACUCACACUCACACACACACACAACAACUAAUAAGCAAGGAGUUGCUCUUGAGCCUGCGCCGCUCGCUCAUUCGGCAGCUCUUUUUGCAUUCAAUUUUGUAAUUGUGACUCUCACCACCAUUUUACUUAGAUGCGUAGUAGAUGCUAUAAAAAGCAAACAAAACAAAAAACAAAUAAUUAGUGUUUUAAGUUGUUUCUCCUUUUUCAAAAACAAAAAGAAAACAAAACGAAGAAAAAACAUAAAUUUAUAAAAUAAACAAAAAAGAAAACAUGAAAUUCAAAGACGACGAUCCGCAAGCCACAGCAGCGAGCGCAACUGUGCGAACAGCCCUCGCUGCUGGACCACUGCGAGGGUCGCGCGUCGACAACUCAUGAAUAUGUGAUACUGUUUAAGAUGCUAAGAGUUUUUUGCAAGCGCUCGCAAGUACGGCCAGGCAAAAAACACACACACACAACCACACAUUUACAUACAUACAUACACACAAAAAGAUACAAAACA